CCAGUUACCUGUAACCAGGAAGCCAGGGCUGAUCAACAGAAGAAAAUGUCUCUGUUGUAAGGAUGUGGUUAAACUGCACUUCAGGAAGAAACAGAUCACUAUGAGACUGUGCUCUUUAAGGGCUGCUGCUCUUGGAACCAUCUCAGCUUGCACCACAAAGCCAGUCAGAGCAAAACGCCAGAGUACGUUCACAGAAGAGGCAAGACAGGUGAAUGGGAACAUGGGUUAGGGGACAAAGGUAUAAUAUUUCAGGAGCAGUUGCUAUGGGCAGAGUCUCUGCUUGCCCUUCCAUUGAUCAAGCACCCACUUGCUAUUGAUGACCAAUGAAGUGCAUUUCUUGAUUUAGCCUCAUUUGAAAGGAAUUCAACUUUUCACAUCCUGUUACUUUCUGAAACAAAACAACGGAAGAAAAAACUGUGAUUCAACACUGAAAACACAAGAAUGAAAAUAAGAGAUAAAAUACUAAUACAGAAGUUCUACGUAAUUGUCUUCAAUGGAAUUUUCUUGGCUCUGGGUCUUAUGCUUCUGAUGUUUGGCCUGUGGCUUUUACUUGACAGAAGCAAUUUCUUCAGUGUGUUACUUUCUUCAGGCGAGAAUCAGCUAGUGCCAUAUAUUUCUUGUAUAUUACUUGGAAUUGGAUCUGCUAUUACCUUUACAUCAGCCUUGGGAUUCCUUGGAAGUGUUUUGGAAAUCAAACGUCUACUUGUUACUUAUAUGAGUUUUCAAAUCCUGGUGUUUGUUACUCAGAUGGCAAUAUUGGUGCUGAUAUUUGUGAAGAAAGAAGAGGUCCACAAUCAAUGGAACAACAGAAUUGAUGAAGUAAUUUCUGAAUAUGGGAAUGAGAGUCUGUCUGAGCAGGAACCUGUGUGGAACAUUCUGAAUGCUGUGCAGCACAAGAUGGAAUGCUGUGGGAGAUACAACAUCACACAGUGGGAAAGGAAUAAAAACAAGGACAAUAGUACUCAGAUCCCAUGUUCAUGCACAAAAUCUGGUCUGAAGAAAUGGUUUUGUAAUGUCUCAAGGGAUUCAACAUACAGUAUGGGAUGUGAAGAACACCUAAGUAAAUGGUUUGAAAACAAUAUUUUGAUCUUAACUGCAAUAUCUAUCAGCCUGCUAAUUACACAGGUAUUGUUGAUCACACUAACUGGUCAGCUACUUAGAAACAUCAGGAAGAAUAAUAUAUGGCCAAAUGAAUCAUGAACUCUUCUGAUCAUUGCUGUAGUGCAAGAAUUAUCUGAUCUGUGCCUGCAACAGUCAACAAAACUAUUUCCACUAAAAUUUGGAUCAGGCUCUACAUAUUGUAGUCACUAAGAUAUUAACAUUUGGCUUUAAUAUUUUUGUUUAUUAUUCAUUACUAUGGAUAUGGUAAUAUGCUACAAACUUACAUCUGAAAUACUAUGUAAUUUACUAGCUGGUUAAUAAAACUUUCUGAUAAGCUGAA